AUGGCCAUUGUUGAGCUAUCAAAAGUUGCAAAUUCAGAUACUCAUGGUGAAGAUUCACCAUAUUUUGCAGGAUGGAAAGCUUAUGAUGAAGAUCCUUUUGAUGAAGUGCACAAUCCAUGUGGAGUAAUUCAAAUGGGAUUGGCUGAAAAUCAAGUAUCAUUUGAUAUGGUGGAAGAAUACUUGGAAAAACAUUCAAAAACAAUUAAUUGUGGAAGUGGAAUAUCUAACUUCAGAGAAAAUGCUUUAUUUCAAGAUUAUCAUGGAUUAUAUUCAUUUAGAAAAUCAAUGGCAAAAUUCAUGGAAAAAAUAAGAGGUGGAAGGGCAAAAUUUAAUCCAGAUAGAAUUGUUAUUACAGCUGGUGCUACAGCUGCUAAUGAAUUAUUAACUUUUAUUUUAGCUGAUCCUGGUGAUGCCUUGCUUGUUCCAACUCCUUACUAUCCAGGAUUUGAUAGAGAUUUAAGGUGGAGAACAGGUGUAAAAAUAAUUCCAAUUCAUUGUAACAGUUCAAAUAAUUUCCAAGUUACACCACAAGCCUUAGAAUCAGCUUAUGAAGAAGCAAAAGUCAACAAAAUUAAAGUUAGAGGAAUACUUAUAACAAAUCCUUCAAACCCUCUAGGUGCAACAAUCCAAAGAUCAAAUCUUGAGGGUAUUCUUGAUUUCGUGGUUCGUAAAAAUAUCCAUCUUAUCUCUGAUGAAAUCUACUCUGGCUCAGCAUUUUGUUCCUCGGAAUUCGUGAGCAUAGCUGAGGUUUUGGAAUCUAGAGAUGACGUGGACUCUGAGAGAGUCCACAUCGUUUAUAGCCUUUCGAAAGACUUGGGUCUCCCUGGAUUUCGAGUUGGUACAAUUUAUUCAUACAAUGACAAUGUUGUUACAACAGCCAGGAGAAUGUCAAGUUUUACGUUGAUUUCAUCUCAAACACAACAAUUGUUGGCAUCCAUGUUGUCUAAUGAGGAAUUUACAACGAAUUAUAUUAAGACGAAUCGCGAUAGAUUGAGGAAGAGAUAUGAAAAAAUUAUUGAUGGAUUAAAGAGUAGUGGAAUUGAGUGUUUGAAAGGGAAUGCAGGGUUAUUUUGUUGGAUGAAUUUGAGUCAAUUAUUGGAAAAAUCAACAAAAGAAUGUGAAUUGGAACUUUGGAAUUCAAUUUUAUGUGAAGUAAAAUUGAAUAUUUCACCAGGAUCAUCAUGUCAUUGUUCAGAGCCAGGAUGGUUUAGAGUUUGUUUUGCUAAUAUGAGUGAACAAACAUUAGAAAUUGCACUCAAAAGAUUACAUAAUUUCAUGCAAAGAAGAACACAAAAAAAGGAUUAACUUUCUUCUUUAGACCAACAAGGGUUAUGUGGUGUAAAUCCGGAUAAAUCGGGCCCUAUCGAAUAUUGGAUGGAUCGGGCCCUGAUAUAG